AUGAAUGUAAGUUUGGAUCUUUUACUAAGGAAUGCUCGCAAAAACAAUAGAAGAGAUGAUGGUGUUGCAUACCUUGCUUCAAAACUAGAUAGACGAAAUCCAUUGAAGGAUAAGAACAUCAACCACAAUAACUCCUCUGCGAUGCAUGCGAGUUCAGCAACAUUGUCAAGGACUGACAACAAAAGGAGUGUUCCAGUUGAAGCAAAUCGACAAGUCAGUCAUGCCUUGCGACCAAUCAAGCAAGAUUCCCCUAGAAAGAAUAACAACCCCAAACGAGUGGAAGCCAUCAUGCCAAAUGGAAAUGUUACUAGAAGAGAUGAUUCCAUUGUAGCAUUGAGAAGCUUAGACGACCAUGACCCCUUGAAAGCGAAGACAACAAUGAAUAGAUCAAAGCAUAUUAAUAAUUCUCAAUCACCUCAAUUUAAGGCAAUGGCAGGACUGGUUCACAGACCAAAGAAUUUUGAUGGACUGGAUCGAUACGAUGAUGCCUUACCUUCUAGGUUAAAGAGGCAAGUUGAAGAUGUGGAGGCCCGUGAUUGUAGACCGAAGAAUAAGAAGAAAAGAGGCAUAGAAUCAAAUGAAGUUGAUGAUGGCAAAGGCGAUGAUAGCUUUGCUAAGAAAACAUUAGAAUCAUUGCCAAAAGAUCAUGUGUCACUUGAUUGUACUAAUGAAGCUACACAACCGAAGAAACUAACUCAUAGAAAGUUGAAGAAAUGGAGACAAGACAUCAUGAGAAAUGAAGAUGAAGAACUCCAUGUUGAUGGUGGUGAUCAUAGUCCUUUGGAUGCUGAUGACGAUAGUUCGAGAUUGACAUCUCAAGCUCCUAUUCUGAUAGAUUGUCUGGCCAAAGUGCCUGCACCAUUUGUUUUGGAACAUGUCAAGAAGAAAUGCAACUAUUGCUCAAAGUCUAUUGAUGAACCUAUUUGGAGUGGAAUCUUUAAGAUUGACGGAGAGGAAUACAUAUCGUUGGCUGGACAUUUGUCAACCAAAUCGUGUGACAAAGUAUGGGAACUUUCAAGAUCAUUGAUGCCAGUUGUUGAAGUGACAAAGCUUUCCAGGUCAAAGUUCAAAAUAUGGGAGACAUCAAAACCCUCUUGUGACAGCAUUGGCUUGUAUUUCUUCCCUAAUAAGUUGAGGCAUGAUGAAGAUCUGGAUAAACUAGUGAAGGAAGUCAUAGAGGAUGAUCUGGUCCUGCAGACUGUUAUUGGUGGAGCUGAGAUGCUGAUAUUUCCUUCUACUCUACUUCCUGAAAGAUACAAGACUUUUCAAAGGAAACACUACCUGUGGGGUGUAUUCAGGCCAAGACAAGAUCAAUGUGCUACAGUGGCAGAGCCAGUACAUGAUACAGUGUGGUGCGCACAGGAGAAAGAGAAGGAGGAACAGCAUGCCUCAAACCAGCAAGAUGAGGUCCAAGAAGUCCACUGGAAGUCGCCUGCUAAGAGCAUGCAGCAAGCUGCAGCAACUAGAGCUCCUGAAGAAAGACAACUGGGAGAUGCAUUGCGUCACACUCUGCACCGUGCUGAAGCUACUGCAAUUGCUACCAAUCCUGCUGCCGUAACAAUUGAAGCUACGGCAGUUGCUACCGAUCCUGCUGCCGUAACAACUGAAGCUGCCACCAUACCUACUGAAGCUAAUGAAAAUGAUACCAAUGCUGCUACCAUACCCGGAAAUCAUGUGCAGAGCGACUCAAUUGUCGGGGUUCCCUCGGGCAGGUUUUUCUGUUUCGUUGCCGGACAGACUCCAAAACUCGAGCAGCUCAUUCAAGAGAUGAAGCGUGAAGGUUCGUUGGUACUUGCUAUCCGGGGGGAGACGAUUGGUGGUGGUCUAUGGCCAGGCAACAUCGCCUCCACUAAUAUAAGCAGGGCAUGA